GGUCUCUCCGGUAGUCUGGUCUCUCCUCUCUCGAGUCUCGCCGUGAUCCACCCAAAAAAAAAAAAGAGUCUCGCCGUGACGCCGUGUUCCCCAAUCCCCACCCAAACCACGACAUGGCGCGGCCGCCGGAUCUGAUCGACGACGCCACCACAGAGAUCCUCCUCCGCCUCCCGCCGGACGACCCGGCGUGCCUCGUGCGCGCCUCCCUCGUCUGCAAGGCCUGGCGCGAGCUCCUCUCCGACCCCGCCUUCCUCCGCCGCUACCGCGCGUUCCACGCCGCGCCGCCCCUGCUCGGCUUCCUCCGCAACAUCUACGACGACGGUCCCUGCGCUCGAUUCGUCGUCGCCGCCGCCGGCGCCUCCCCCUUCCCCGCGCCGUCGUUCGACCGCCCCAACUGGUGGGUCGUCGAGUGCCGCCACGGGCGCGCGCUGCUCCAAACGUUCGAGCAGGGUACGCUCGCGGGCCUCGUCGUCUGGGACCCCAUCACCGGCGACCAGCGCCACGUGCCCGUGCCGGGGUACCCUUACUUCUACCUAACCGCAGCGGUGCUCUGCGCCGCGGAUGGCUGCGACCACCUCGACUGCCACGGUGGCCCGUUCCUCGUCGUCGUCAUCGGCACCUACGACGAAGUAGAGGAUCUCACUUGGGCGAGUAUUUACUCGUCCGAGACUUCCGCAUGGACCACAUCGUCCUCCAUUGAGCUGCAUGCCUACAUCGAGGAGAGGCCCUGCCUCCUUGCCAGAGACGCGCUCUACUUCAGCGUUCAGCUAAGCGAAAGGAUUCUCAAGUACGACUUCGUGGGGCAGGGUCUACAGGUGAUCGAUGCGCCGGAUGUGUUUAAACAGACGGGGGGCAUUGUUGUGGCUGCAGAAGAUGGUGGGCUGGGACUCGCCGGCCUAAAGGAUGGCAACCUCCACCUGUGGUCAUGGCAGGCUGGUCCUCGUGGCGUUGCAGAGUGGGUGCAAGGCAGGGUCAUAAAGCUCAUGACGCUGCUGCCCACUAUCAAACCAUUGACCUUAAUCGAUGUGAUUGGCUUCCGGGAGGACACGGAUACCAUUUUCAUUAGCACAAAUGUUGGCGUCUUCGCAGUCAUGACUAAAUCAGGGCAGGUGAACAAGGUUGGCGAGAGAGGGUCCUAUUAUGCAAUCGCACCCUACACUAGUUUCUACACUCCAGAUCUUGCUAAGGGCAGAUUGCUAUCACCUGAAGAUGCAGUUAUCCAUCAAUUAAAACAUGAUUGAUAGACUGUUAACAUUUCAAGAAAAAAAGGUUACCAUGUUCAAUUAGAAAUGUUUAGUUCUAAGCUGUGCAGUUUAAGUAAGAAUCUGUAAGAAAAGAACUGUGUACCAUGCUCAUCUAAUAGUUCAGUUUUUCGGUUAAGCAGUUUAUAGGAAAUUGGUUGGUCUCUUUUGGGCCUUUUCACUAAUAUUUUUUCAGGAAAAAGCUUAUUAAAAGCUGCAAUUUUUCAGUAUAAGACAAUUGUAACAUCCUCAGGGAGACCACAGCAAUCUAACGAGCCAAAGUAGGAUAAUACUACUAUAGUAGGCAAACUUAUCAAAUCCAUCAACUUGAUUCUGCUGGUUUUUAUGAUGUUGCUGAUCUGAUGCUUUGAGUUCUCUUGUUUUUUGUUGGACACUUUAACUAAGGAAAUUGUAAGGUGGUGCAGUGCUAGUUUGUGAUCCCCACUCUUGAUAGUAUUUUGCAGACAUCUUACCCUAGUGCAUAACUCGCUAUUUCCUUGCAGCUAUGUACUCAGUUUAAGUAUUUUGCAGAGUAUUUUUGAAGCAUACUAUUUGAACGGAAAAAAUGUUGCGAUUCAUUGGACUAAGUUAAGCAUUACUAGUUUUCUGCCUUUUCUGGCACACUUGGAACUGAAAAUGUUUGAUUUUUCGUUCAUAUAAACUCAGUACAGAAUAUCGGUCAUAUGGUGUAUGAACUGAUGAAUACUGAAAAGAGAACAGGUGCUACCAUAUACUGUUGAUGUGUGGUCUGUUACACAUGCACUAGUUAUAUAUUAUUGUGAGGGUAAUCCUGGAACAUGUUUGCCUGACGAAGGUACUACUGCCGAUAUUGCAACAUUAUAAGCGGCUAUUGUAUCCAGGAGUAUCUGCGCUCUUUGUCAUAUAAUGUAAUAUUAUCUAUUUCCGUUCCACAUA